CGGAGUUUUAUGGAUAUUGGAUAGGAAGGAUUCCCCGUUGAUCGUGACGUGUAUCAUGUGCGCGAAGAUGAGUGUUCUGCAAGGUCGUCACAUAGGAAUUAUGACCCUUACGAGCAGCCCGUGUGAGCUAGACAACAUGAGCUUGUUUCAAGACCUCAAGUUGAAAAGGAGGAAGGUCGACUCCCGAUGUAGUAGCGACGACUCCCCGGUAUCCCUUGGAUCAGCAGGCUCGCCGCUCGGGAUCCAGCCGGCGGACGCACCUUCACCCAUAAACUUUCCUGCUCCAGGGGAGAGCAUGGCCGACACCUCGACCCUGUCGCCGGAGGCUAACAUGCCGGGCUCGCCGGGCUGCCCCGUGGUCAAAGUGAAAAGCGAGUAUCUGCUUGGCAUCCCGAGCCCGGGCACGCCGCGGGAUCCUGUUCGCGGGGCGGCAAGCGUCGGCUUGGAACACCCCCGGGAUACACCCUGCUCGGACCGCGCCUCCCCCGACUCAGUCUUCCCGGACGCCGGCACGAUAGUUGGGUACAGGGUGGUCGAGGAACAGCAGCAACCGCAACACCAUCAACAACAACAGCAACAACGUUCCGGCACGCCUACCAUACCCACCAGGCUGUCGCCUUACUCCCCGAUCCAGUCCACGGUGUCCACGACCCCGAUGGAGCAACCGAGCUCGAGGAGCGACAGCCCCGAGAAGGCCGACCUGUCCUCGGCCCAGACCAAGGAGGAGUCCGACAACUCGGUUUUCGACGGGGGAGGCGGCGGUGGCAGCGGUGGCGGCGGCCGUUCCGAGACCUCGAGCCAGCCUAGUCACCGGAGCAGCCCGUCCUCCCAAUACAGCCCCAGCCAGAGCAUGAGCCCUGGCGCGAGCGUUGCCCAACAGCAGCAAACACCCCUCAGACCGAGAGUGCCCUCGGUGCCCCCCCACCUCUUGGCCCACCAUCAAUUUUGGUCGCAGAACAACGGUAUACAGGGGUUCGCCACCCAGAGGCUGCUCAACGGCGUGAUCAGCAGCGCCGUCAAUUACGGGCAGACGGUCGCUGUCGCGUCGACGAGUAGCGGGACCACGAGCUUGAGCAGCAGCAGCAGCAGCAGCAGCAGCAGCAGCAGCAGCACGGGGAGCACGACAGGGGCGGCCUCCUCGUGCGAGACGAUGAAACCGCCGGCGCAGAGGCCAGCGCCCGCACCCCCGAGGCCACCGCCCACCGUGAUAAUGGGCGAGAUCGGCGGCGUCCGGACGAUGAUCUGGUCGGCGCCACCGUUGGACCCGGUUCCGCCCCCGGCCGCCUCGUGGACGGCGACCGCGGCCGCCGCCGCGGCGGCCGCGUCCUGCUCCUCGACGGAGGAGUCGGCCGCCCAGCUGCUGCUCAACCUCGGCCAGGAGUCGAGGGGGAAGCCGGCCACGGCGGUCCCCUACUCGUCCGGGCCCCCGCUCAACAUGGAGAGGCUGUGGGCCGGGGACAUGACGCAGUUGCCGGCCGCCCAGCAGAUGCAGGCGCUCAACCUGACCGCGUCCGGGUCGGGCGGCCAGGCGUGGGAGAGGAACGGGGGGGUGGUGAAGUCGGAGGCCGCCUCGCAGCCGAUGUCGGUCGCGCCCCCCGCGCCCCCUAUGCCGCCGCAGGAGCACGAGGAGGACGAGACGCCUAUGAUAUGCAUGAUCUGCGAGGACAAGGCGACCGGCCUCCACUACGGGAUCAUCACGUGCGAGGGGUGUAAAGGUUUCUUCAAAAGGACUGUACAAAAUAGGCGAGUGUACACAUGCGUGGCGGAAGGUGGUUGCGAAAUCACAAAGGCCCAGAGGAACAGGUGUCAGUACUGUCGUUUCAAAAAGUGCAUUGAACAGGGUAUGGUCCUUCAGGCGGUUCGAGAAGAUCGGAUGCCUGGGGGAAGAAAUUCUGGUGCUGUGUAUAACCUUUACAAGGUGAAGUACAAAAAGCACAAGAAAAGUAACAAAACGAGCGGAGUGGGUGGAGGCAUGGGUGGCAUAAGCAGCGGGGGUAACGUUGGCGGUGUGAACGGGUCGGGGUCCCUCGGCGGUAGCAAGAGCACCAUGGGUUCGACGAUGCUCGACAAGCACAUGGCCGUAGCCGCGGUCGCCCACCAUAGCCAACAGCAGCACGUCCAGCUGGCCGGCGGUUUCCUUCAUCAUCACAAGAUCACGUCCGGCGACCCGCUCAACUCGCAAUCUACCACCAGCCACUCGAGUCACCCUGCGCAUUCGGGCCACCUGGUCAACGGGACGAUCCUCAAGACGGCGCUCACCAACCCCUCCGAAGUGGUACACUUGAGGCAGAGGCUAGACAACACGGUAAGCAGUUCGAGGGAUCGAUCUUUCCCUUUCGACGCGACUGUCGCCAUGAUCCAGUCCCUCAUAGACUGCGACGAGUUCCAAGAUAUUGCCACGUUGAGGAACUUGGACGAGCUGCUGGACCAUAAAUCAAACUUAAGCGACAAGCUGUGUCAGAUAGGGGACAGUAUAGUGUACAAGUUGGUGCAGUGGACCAAAAGGUUACCGUUUUACCUUGAGCUACCGGUCGAAGUUCACACGACAUUGCUCACCCACAAGUGGCACGAGAUCCUCGUGCUGACCACCUCCGCCUACCAGGCGAUACACGGUCAACACAAGUUCUCCAACGUCGGCAGCGACGCGAUGGGAGCGGAUUUUAUGCAAGAAGUUUCGAACAACAUGUAUACGUUGCAAACGUGCCUAACGAACAUGAUGGGUCGGCCGAUAACCAUGGACCAAUUGCAGCAAGACGUGGGCCUGAUGGUGGAAAAGAUUACGUAUGUCACGUUAAUGUUCAGGAGGGUGAGAUUACGGAUGGAGGAGUACGUCUGUCUGAAAGUAAUCACCAUGCUCUCGCAAGCACGUGGAGGUACGAUGGAAUUAGAACAUCUACAAGAACGGUACAUGAGCUGUCUGCGAAGUUUUGUCGAGCACAGCGCCCCUCAACAGCCGAAUCGGUUUCACGAUCUUCUCGUCAGGUUGCCCGAAGUACAAUCGGCGGCAGCUCUUCUACUCGAGAGUAAAAUGUUCUACGUUCCUUUCCUAUUGAACUCAACAAUUCAAAGAUAGUAAAUAAAAAACAAACUGACGAUAAACGAA